AUGGGCAAGAACACGGACAAACUCUACAUCACCCACUCUGAGUGGUCUUCGUCGGACGCCUACUCUGCCAGCGCCGGUGCGAAUGUCAACGGGCGCUCGCGUCCAGGCGCGUUCCGCCGCCUUCCCUUCAACUUUUGCGCCGCCAGUCUCCAGCCUUUCAAGAACCCCGUUUGCACCAAGGAUGGAACCAUCUUUGAUGUCGAGGUCAUUAGUUCCUGGUUGGACAAACAUGACACAAAUCCCGUCAACGGCGAGCCACUCAGUGCCAAAGAUUUGAUCAAACUCAACUUCUCCAGGAAUGCCGGAACCGACUCGAGAAGUGCAGGCCUGAGCGACAGCCAGGGCGACUUAAUCGAUCCAGUCACCUUCAAGGUCUUCACGGACAACACCCACAUCGUGGCGGUUCGACACGGAAGCUACGCAAACGUAUUUGCCUGGGAAACGGUCGAGCGAAUGAAUGUCAAGGCGAAAAACUGGCGAGACUUGGUUGACGACGAGGAGUUUACGAGAGCCGAUAUCAUCACUUUGCAGGAUCCCCAAAACGCUGCCAGCAGAGACUUGAGUCAGUUCAAGUUCCUCAAGGAUGGCGAGGAAGCUAUCCUGACGAAGCAGCAGGAGGAGGAGCGGAAGAACGGCAAUGUCAACAUUGGCGCGCUUGGUCGCAUAGGCGACAAGGUUCUGAGGGCAAAGGAGGCCGUUGAAAAGGCCCGCAAGGAGCGCGGAGAAGGCGGCGACGUGAAUCGCACAUCUGGCGCGAUUGUCAAGUCCGGAUCGGGGGUACAGCGCAAGUCAAUGAUCAUGGAGAAGAAAGUUCCAUCCAAUGCCGCCGCCUACACGACCGGCAGAGCAGCCGCCAGUUUCACCAGCACUGGACUCACACCUGAGACGAGUGGCGAACGAGCGCUUUUGACAGACGAGGAAUACAUGCUCAAGCCUAAACGAGUCAAGAUCAAGGGCUAUGCUCGCGUCGAAACCAAUCUUGGCGAUCUGAAUAUCGAGCUCUAUCCAGAGUAUGCGCCUCGUGCGGUAUGGAACUUCACGAGAUUAGCACAGAAGGGCUAUUACAGGGGCGUCACAUUCCACAGAAACAUUAGAAACUUUAUGCUCCAGGGAGGCGACCCUUCAGGCACGGGCAAAGGCGGUACCAGUAUCUGGGGGAAAAACUUCCAGGACGAGUUCGAUGGACCUUUAACACACGAUGCUCGAGGCAUCAUCAGUAUGGCCAACAAAGGCAAGAAUACCAACUCUAGCCAAUUCUUUAUCAUUUACCGGCCAACGAAGCACCUGGACAACAAACACACGGUGUUUGGCAAGGUUGUUGGCGGCCUGGACGUGCUGUCAAAGAUGGAAGACGUUCCCACUGACGGGUCCGACCGACCGCUCAACAAGAUUGUGAUGAAGGAAGUGGUGGUAUAUCUGGAUCCUUUCGAAGAGUUCCUGAAGGAAAAGAUCGAGAUCGACAAAGCGGAAAAGACCAAGCAGGCGAUAGCACUGAGCGGCGGUACAGAAGAUGACAAGACCACCUGGACCGGCAAGAGGAUUCGAGCUGACGGCACUGUGGACAAUGAGAGCGCAGGCGCCGGGGUGGGCAAGUAUCUCAAGUCGCAGAAGAGCCCAGAGACAGCUGCAGAUGCAGACCUUGAUACAUGGGAAGAACCGGCCAAGAAGAAAGUCAAGGGCGGCGGCUUCGGCAACUUUGACAACUGGUGA